AUGUCACUGAACCAGUCCCUACUUUCCUGUUUGGUCGCUGCAUGCCUGAGAGAAGAAGAAAUCAGGGCAGACUUUUUCCCUCAGCUGAUCUCCUCAUUGGUUCAGGAGUAAAAACAGCAGAUAUCUGCUCCGUUCAUCGAAGUUUAAGCAAUGAUAAGAGCAAGAAGAGGCUUCUUUCCUUCAAACCCAGGUUUUAGCUCAGGACAGAGGACAGAGAGACGACACAGGACCUUCUGUUCUGACCGACCGCAGAGAGAAACCAGGUGUGUAUCGACAGAUUUUUGUCUGUAGGUUAUCGUGUGUGUGUUUGUGAUGUGUAAACAAAAGGUUCAUGUAGACUCCCUUCUUAAACGGACUAAUUAAUGGGGAUGAUCCAGUAUUUGUUUGUACAGAGUCUCUUAAAAAACUGUUUUUCUGCAGUUGUUAUUUAUCUGUAUAUCUUAUUUUGUAGGUCAUGUUUCUUAUUCUUUUAAAGUGUGUUGGCUCUGUUUGUUUGGAAUCAAAGUUAAUUUUGAUAAUUAUGUCUGAGGGUAGAUCUGAAAUGUGUUAAUUUAAUUUGGUACAGUGUCACUUUGACAUGAAUAUUUUAUUGGUGGAGACUGAAUAAAAUCUGUCAGCAGUUUUGAAAGAGCAGUUCAGUGUCACCUCAGAGCAUCCUGAUGGGGAUUAGACACAAUGGGAUAAGAUAUGAAACAAUACGAUUGGAUAUGAUAUGAUAUGAUAUAUGAUGAUACGACAAGAUAUGAGAUGAUAAUUACGAUGUUACGACAUGAUACGAUAUGAUACUAUAUAUGAUGUGAUAUGAUAUGUUACUAUAUGACAUGAUAUGAUACUAUAUGAUACAAAAUGAUAUGAUACUAUGAGAUAUGAUAUGUUACAAUAUGUUACGAUAUGGCAUGAUAUGAUAUGAUACUAUAUGAAAUGAUAUGUUACUAUACGAUAUGAUAUGAUAUGAUACUAUGUGAUACUAUAUGAUACGAUAUGAUACUAUAAGACAUGAUGUGUUACAAUAUGUUACAAUAUGUUACAAUAUGAUAUGUUAUGUUAUGAUAUGAGAUGCUACGAUACAGUAGGAUUCAAAACAAAAUGAAAGGAAAUGAUAUGAAACAAUGUAGUAAGAUACAAUAUGACAGUAUGCUGCCGUAUGAUACAACAGCUACAAUAGCUAGAAUACGAAAUGUACGACACAAUGACACAAAACGAUACUGUGCGAUAUGAUACAAAACAAUAUGUUUAACAAAACAAUAAAAUACGAUAUGAAACGGAAUGACAUGAUAUGAAACCGAUAAUACGAUAAAUACCGUGCAAUCCUUUAUGAAAAGAUACGAUACAAAAUAAGACGCUAAGCUAUGAUAUGGAACGGAACGACACGUUACAACAUAACACAUACGGUACUGUAAGAUAUGAUCGGAUACAAAACGAAAGGAAGCAGUACCAUAUGAUACCAAACGAAAGAAUAUAAAACAGUACUAUAUGACAUUAUGGAAUAGAUGUGAUACGAUGUAAAUAAUAAAAUACUUAAUGAAAUGAUACGAUACUAAACAAAAUGAUAAGAUAUGAUACAAUACACAUGAGACAAUAUAAUACCGUGUGAAAUGAUUCGAAAUGAAGCAAUACCACCUCAUAUGAAACCAUGUAAAAGAAUAUGAAAUGAUAUUUUAUAACAUUAUAGAAUAAAAUAUGAUAUACUGUGGUCUAAAACUGUAUAAUAUACAGUACAAUGAUAUGAUAUGAUACAGUAUGCUGUAGUACAAUAGGAUGUGAUUAGAUAGAAUGAAAAAUGACAGGACUUUGUUAAAUUUUGAGGGAACCUUCUCAAAAGGAUAAAUUAAAUUGUAUCUAAUCUAAUCUUGAACAUGUUUGACCCUGUCUAUAACAGCACAGACUCAAAACUAACAUCAAAACACAUCUUAGACAUUACCCAUUAUUCAGGACCCCCACUGUCCAUAUGAGAAGUUACCCAACAUUAAUAGGCCAAUUAAAAAAAAAAUGGACAUUCAGACUACGAAUACGAAAAAAAUCAGCCGAUCACUACUCUAUGAUUAUAUAAUCAUUAAUUAAGGCUGUAGUGAGAACAUAAGUCAUCUUGUGUUUAGACGGUAACUCUGAGAAGACUUACCUUUAUAAAUCAGCAGAGGAGUGAUCAGGGUUAUUCUGCAGGAUUCACGCUGCUGAAACUGUCACAAUAAUCAAUCAAACCUACUUUAUAUUUCUGAUUUUGAUCAACCUUUAAUAACCAGCUUACCCUCUCUCCUCCAAGUUAAAAUCAUGUUUCCUCCUCCUGCAGGUGAGCUGGUCAUGGGUGGCUCCUCCUCCAAGAAAACAUUUCCCUGGCAGAGGAAGAAAAAGUCUCCUCUGAACAAAGCCUGGAGCAGCCUGAAGGGGGCGCUGCCUUCCAAGAAACGAAAGAAGAAGAAGAAGAAGGGUGUUCUGGAGAAACUGAACCUGGAUAACCUGAGGAAGGACAAACACUCCCAGAAGAGGUUCUCCCUGCCAACGGACAAGAAGGAGCCGAUAUCACAGAAAAGGUUCUCUCUGGGGAACAUCAGGAAGGAGUCGAUACAGAAAACCUCACCUGGGGGGAAGGAGGACGGGGGAGGGCUGGGGUGGGGGGAGCAGAUGGAGAAACUGAGGAAGGGGUCUGUGUUUGACAAAAGCUUUUCUUUACCUCCGUCUAGAAAAAACUGCAAGAAAAUGAGAUCGAUUGAUUAA